AUGAGAGGUAUGCUCAAGCCUGCUGUAGGGAGCAAACUAAUCAAGGGUGAAGACGAGAAAAUGGCUAAAUCUAGUAAGAUUUUGGAAAAUAUUGUGCACCCGAAUAUGUUUUCCAAAGAUAAUGCGAGUGUGGAUGUUAAACCGGACGAAGUGAAAAAUGAUGUUAAACCAGAGGAGGUGAAUGAUAAUGUUAAAUUGGAUGAGAGGGAUGCUGUCAGUUCUGUUGAAGAACGCAUCGCUUCUUGCGCCGGCAGCCUUGAGGUCUGGAAUAGAGGCAAGCGCAACAGUAGGCAGAGAGAACUGGGCAAGAACUUACAAGUUAUGGAAAUGUUUCGGGAAGGAAACAAUGGGUAUUCGUCGGAGAGGUUCUUUGAAGCUCAAACUGAAUAUAAUAAAGCCCUCAUUAAAGAUGAUUUGUAUUGGAAGCAACAAGCUAAAAUGCACUGGUUACGGGACGGUGAUUUAAAUACGAAGUUCUUUCACCAAUCCGCGACGGCGAGAAAUAAAUUCAAGAAAAUUGAGAUGUUGCAGAAGGAGGAUGGUAGUAACAGUAAUGACCCUAAAGAGCUUAAAGAUAUUGCAAAAAACUACUUUGAGAAUUUGUUUCAAGCUGGAAGUGGUGAUUACGAACCGGUGCUUAAUCUUAUUUCUCCCAGAAUCGAUGAUAGUGACAAUAAUCAGUUAAUUCAGCCGCUGACUAGAGAGGAAAUCCAUGUUGCCCUGUCUGCUAUGCACCCAGAUAAAUCUCCGGGGCCAGAUGGAUUUAAUCCGGCGUUCUUCCAGAACUUUUGGGAUGUUUGUGGGAACGACAUUUUUGACGCGGCGACGUCGUGGUUGGAGUGUGGUUUUUUUCCUCCCUCCAUCAACGAUACUAAUAUAUGCCUGAUCCCUAAAGGGGUCAAUCCUGUGUCUAUGAAGGAUUUUAGACCCAUUUCAUUGUGCAAUGUGGUUUAUAAAAUUGUUUCGAAAGCUCUCGCUAAUAGACUGAAAGUGCUUCUGGAUAAAUGUGUGUCAGAGGAGCAAUCCGCGUUCGUGGAGGGUAGAUCCAUUCUUAAUAAUGCUAUGAUUGCUACAGAAAUUAUACAUACCCUCAAAAGAAGGACGAAAGGCAAUAAAGCGCAUCUGGCACUUAAAAUUGAUAUCAGUAAAGCUUAUGAUCGGGUGGAUUGGGGUUUUCUAAAAGGAGUUCUAAACAGGAUGGGGUUUGCGGAGAAAUGGAUACAUUGGAUGAUGAUGUGUGUUACUUCAGUUCACUAUUCUGUUCUUGUUAACUCGGAAGCCAUUGGACCUAUUGAACCAGGAAGAGGAUUGAGACAAGGGGACCCUUUGUCACCCUACCUUUUCAUUCUGAUAUUUGAAGGGCUAUCUUCCCUGAUUAAUAAUUCGGUGGCUAGCGGAAAUAUUCACGGGAUUCAAAUUUGUAGAGGGGCACCUAUUGUGUCUCAUCUACUUUUUGCUGACGAUUGUUUUCUAUUUUGCAGGGCAAAUCUUACUGAAGUUAGUCACCUGAUGAAUUUACUCGAUAUUUAUGCAGUUGCAGCUGGCCAGGAGAUUAAUUUGUCAAAAUCAGAAGUGUUCUUUAGUCGCAAUUUAAGUGUGCCGGCGCAACAGGAUCUUGCAAAUAUUAUGGGAGUUCGUCAUGUGCUAGGAACAGGAAAAUAUUUGGGAUUGCCAUCUAUGAUUGGAAGGAGCAAGAGGUCUAUUUUUUCUUUUAUUAAGGAUCGCAUUUGGAAGCGUAUCAACUCUUGGAAAGGGCGGUCCUUAUCUAGAGCAGGUAAAGAAGUUAUGAUCAAGUCAGUUCUGCAAGCUAUCCCAACGUACAUCAUGAGCAUCUUCAUUCUCCCGGAUGUGGUUGUUAAUGAGAUUGAGAGAAUGCUAAAUUCGUUUUGGUGGGGCGGAGGUUCUAAUAACAAGGGGAUAAGAUGGAAGUCUUGGGAUAGAUUGACUUGUCCAAAAGCUGAGGGAGGUUUGGGUUUUCGGGAUUUUAAGGCGUUUAACUUGGCUAUGGUGGCUAAGCAAGGCUGGUUCCUCAUGUCUAAUCCGAAUGCUUUAGUGUCCAGAAUCUUCAAAGCAAGGUACUUCCCGAGAUCAAGUUUUUUUUAUGCGAAGGUGGGUUACAAUCCUAGUUUCGUUUGGCGGAGUAUUUGGAAGGCUAGAGAAGUCCUUACCCUUGGAUGUAUAUGGUGGAUUGGUGAUGGUAGAAGCAUAAGAAUUAUGAAUGAACCAUGGCUAAGAGGGACUAGCGGAGGCUGUUUGAUGGGCCCUCAAAUUCAAGGUGUGUAUACGUUAACUAUUAAUGAUCUUUUGCUACCUAAUGUCAAACAAUGGAAUAUGGGAGUUUUACGUGAUUUGUUUGAUUACUCAGUGGUUCGUGAUAUUUUACAAGUUCCGUUGUCAGAAGAAGUGGUCGAAGACCGUAUGAUCUGGAAGGAUGAUGUAAGUGGUAACUAUAGUGUCCGAUCGGGGUAUAGAAGUUGGAGGAAGCAUCAAGAAAGUGUGGGUUUGGCUGAGGAAGGUGUAAAUUGGAGUGAUCUCUGGAAUAUAACAGCUCCGUCUCGAGUGAAACAUCUUCUUUGGAGGAUUUGUAGUGAUUGUCUCCCAUCUAAGUCGGCCGGUCUUACUAAUAUCAUCUCUCCUCGUCUCCAUUCUUUCCAGGAUCUCCGGUCCUUGAUAUUCGAUAUUUGCAUGAAGGAGGAUAGGUUUACCGCAGGAAGAGUGGCGGUUAUGUUGGAAGGGUUUUGGAAGAAUAGGAAUGACUUUGUGUGGCAUAAUGAAAAGGAAGAUGCUUCUAAACUUGGUUGGUUAGCAUUCCAUAAGUGGCAAGAUUGGUUUAUGGCCCAAAAUAUUCGGGCGUCGCAGUUAGAUAACGGAGAAGUGGCUUCGUGGUACCCGCCUCCUAGUGGUAGCUUCAAAUGUAAUGUGGAUGCCGCUUUCAACAAGCGUGUAGGGACUACGAAUCGAGGGUGGUGUAUGCGUAAUGAUCAUGGUAACUUUGUUGCCGCGGGUACGGCAUGGGAUAGUAGUAACUUUUCGGUGUUGGAAGCGGAGGCCUUAGCUCUUAAGGAAGCAAUUCAUUCUGUUAUUAUGUUUCAUAAUGCUCCGACAAUUUUUGAAAGUGAUUCCCAACAGGUGGUCCAAGCCCUUUCAUCUAAUAAGCCGGCUAAGGCGGCCAAUUCUUGGUCUCGACACUAUAUGUUUGAUGUAAUUCCUCCUUGUAUUACUCCUUAUUUGAUUAAUGAAAGCAGUUAA